AUGAAGUCAAAUAGUUACAGUGCUACAGCUGAAGUUCUUGUCUCACAAAAGGGCAAGAGAAAGCGGAAAGGGUACUUGCCAACUGAGUCGGUGAAGAUCCUCUGUGACUGGCUGUAUGAACACUGGUUUAAGACUUAUCCUUCAAAGGUAGAGAAGUGCAUGCUGUCAGAGCAGAUCAGUUUGUCUUUCCUGCAGAUUUCUAACUGGUUCAUCAACGCCCGCAGACGCAUUCUUCCGGAAAUGCUUCUACAGGAUGUAAGUGACCCCAACCAGAUUAUCAUAUAUCACCAAAAAGGCAAUGCUACUGAUGUGACCCACCAGCAGGGUGGCUAUCUAUCUAUUGAUGCCAAGUCAGGGCCCAGAGAUCCAGACACGAUAAAAUGUCAGCCUCUGAGCCCCUCGCUGAUGGUACAGGGAUCAGGGGAACUGCCAAAUCAAGAGAUGGUCCCAGGCCAGAGGCUAAUUCCUAAGGCCCAGUUAAAUGAAAAGGUUGAGGUUUUCAACAGUGGGCCCUUGCUUAUAUCGUCUCCCGAACCUGUGGUGACAGGGGAGUACAAGGAUUUCAGCAACUUCCAGCUGCUGGUUGAUGCAGCCGUACAAAAGUCUGCCUAA